AUGUCUAAGGAGGAGGACAUUCUUGGGCUCAUCGAGCUGCAAUACGACCGGCAGCACCGCAUGGAGCGGCUGCUGGACAAUGCACGCAAGUCCGGUCAACUGAAGUCAGUUGGCGGGUUGACGUCUCGUUUGCAGGUUCUCGACACGUACUGGGCUCAGUUCCAGGAUGAUCAUCGCACGAUCCGAGCGUCUCGCCUCAAGACCGUGCGAGAGUCAGACUACGUGCAACAGGAUGCCUGUGGCACGGUACAGGAAGUCUACAUUGCGCAGCGCGCAGAAAUCCAAACCCUGCUCGAUGGGUUGAAGGUUCAGGAGGCUGAGUCGGCUGCUCACGCAGUUCCCGCGCAGGCGGUAGUGCCCGAGGCUUCGUUGCCUCGCAUUCCCAUUCCGAAGUUCGAAGGGAAGUUUGACGAAUGGCGCAAUUUUAAGGAUCUCUUCGAGUCCUUAAUAGUCGAUAACCCGUCGUUAGCAUCAGUUCACCGGAUGCAUUAUUUAAAACAGAGCGUGUCGGGAGAGCCUGAACGUCUGCUCCGGCACUACGGCGUCGCUACUGGCUCGUUUGAGCAAGCGUGGGAAGCGCUAUGUGCACGGUACGAUAACCGUCGUUUGCUUGUGGACCAGCAUCUCGACGCUUUCCGGGAUAUUGGCCCGAUGCGUCAGGAGAGCGUCUCCGAGGUUCGGAGGCUGCUGGAUCGAGCCAGCGAGCUGCGAGCCGCCUUGCGCCUUCUUGACCAGCCAGUGGAUGCUUGGGACGUGAUAUUGGUCAAUAUCCUCCGUUCCAAGCUAGACUCUGCAACGCGGCGGGCCUGGGAGAUGGCCACCGCGGACCGGCGCGAGCCAGUGAGCUGGGACAGACUGGCAGUCUUCCUGGACGAGCGUCGGGUGGCGCUCGAGGCGGUUGCCGCGGCUCCGUCCAUUGGGGACAGCCCCCGUGCCUCAUCGGCAUCCGAGCGGACUGGUCGACGAUCGCUGCAUCUCCAUCGGCCCAAGCCGACCCGUUGCGCUGAGUGCGGUUCUGAGCAUGGACUCAGGGAGUGUUCGGCCUUUAAAGAUCGGCCGGUCUCUUCGCGACGGGCAAGGGUGCGCGCUCUCGGGUUGUGCUUCAACUGCCUCGGUCCGUCGCACCAGGCGGCCGCUUGCCCGUCUAAGGGUCGAUGUCGGGAGUGCGGAGAGCCGCACCAUUCACUUCUGCACUCCGCCCAGCAGUCUCCGGCCCCGGCGUCGGGGGAAGCGCCGGUCACGGCGCAUGCUGCGACGCGGAUGCCUGCGCAGCGAGUGCUUUUGGCCACGGCCAGGGUUUGUCUGAUGGCGUCCGAUGGCCGAUCCGCUGUGGUUCGAGCGCUCAUUGACCAGGGCUCUGAGGUGAGCCUGGUGUCCGAGGCGCUUGCGCAGCGGCUGCGCGCGUCUCGUAGAUCGGUGGAUGUUGGGCUGUCGGGCGUCUCAGAGGGACCCCCUCAGCGGGUGCGGGCCAGCACGUCAUUGCGGCUCAGAGCAACUGCUGGCCUCCCGUUCUCCACCACGGUGGAGGCCCUCAUUCUACCGAGGCUUACGGCGUACCACCCCCCGCAGAGGGCUCGGCUGACGGGGAAGUGGUCGCAUUUGAGGAACCUCCGGUUGGCGGAUGAUCACGAUGAUGACGAGCGCAUCGAGGCGAUACUUGGAGCGGAGGUAUUCGCCGAGAUCGUGUUGACGGGGCUUCGCCGGGGCCCACGGGGAGCUCCCGUCGCGCAGCGUACCCGCUUGGGGUGGGUGCUGUUCGGGGCUCUCCCGUCUACCGCCGCAGCGGGCGGCUCUCAUUGUCAUGUGGUGCAGUGUGCGUCGGACAACAUGGCGGAUCUCUUGCGGCGCUUCUGGGAGGUGGAGGAGAUUCCGGUUGCUUCCCCGCUCUCUGAAGAGGAGCGGGCUUGUGAAGAGUUUUUCGCGGCGUCCUUUCGGCGUCAUGCGGACGGCCGCUAUCAGGUGCGGUUGCCUUUCAGGAGCCCUCCGACUGCGCUGUCUCUCGGCGACACUCGGCGGAUUGCCACUGCCUCGUUGCAUCGCUUGGAGCGGCGACUGCUUCGGCAGCCUUCCUUGGGCGGGGCCUAUCGCGACUUUCUUGAUGACUAUGAACGACAGGGGCAUAUGAUCCGCCUGCCGCUCAAUGGCGAGACUCCGCGGCCCUCUUACUUUAUUCCACAUCACCCGGUGAUUAAACAAGCCCCCGAGCUUAAGGUAAGAGUGGUGUUCAACGCCUCGCAGGCGUCCACCAAUGGCCGGUCGUUGAACGACUUGGUGCACGUGGGGCCGCGCUUACAGCGAGAACUGGGCGAGAUUCUACUCGCCUGGCGCAUGCAUCGAGUGGCCUUCUCUGCAGACAUCGAGCAAAUGUUUCGUCAAGUGCGGGUGGCUCCGGAGGAUCAACACCUCCAACAGAUUCUCUGGCGAGACAGCCAGACGCAGGCAAUAUCGGUGUACCGGUUGACCACGGUCACCUAUGGCAUGGCGUGCGCUCCUUAUCUGGCCAUCCGCACGCUGCACCAGCUGGCGCUGGAUGAGCGGGAACGUUAUCCCCGGGCAGCAGACUUACUUCGUCGACAAACCUACGUCGACGAUAUUCUUGCGGGGGCAGAUGACCUUGGGGAGGCACGCAGUCGACAGCGUGAGCUGAGCAGCUUGCUCAUGGCGGGCGGGUUCCGACUCAGGAAGUGGGCGGCCUCACAUCCGGAACUCUUGUCCGGUAUCCCGGAGGGGGACCGCGAGCCUUUGGUGCCUCUGCCGGACCCUGGGGCCGUGGGUGCAUCUGUGCUGGGGGUCGGUUGGAUUCCAGUCGAGGAUGCAUUCUGCUUUUCGGUCAACCCCGGGGCUCAAUCAGCCAUCUCGAAGCGUGGCAUCUUGUCAGUCGUCGCGCGAUUAUACGACCCCCUGGGCUGGUUGGGGCCUAUGGUAGUACUGGCGAAGAUCCUCCUUCAGGACUUGUGGUUGGCCGGGCUCGGUUGGGACGAGGCUCUCCCUUCUCCGCUCUCGCGACGUUGGGACGCCUUUAGCACCGGGCUCGCGGAGGUUUCCGCGAUCCGAGUUCCUCGCUGGACCGGAUGGUCGCCUGAAGUGGAGAUCCAGCUUCACGGCUUCUCGGACGCCUCGGAGCGGGCGUACGCCGCCGUCAUCUACUUACGGGCUCGACGGUCUGAUGGGACCACCCGUAUCGCUCUAUUGGCGUCCAAGACCAGGGUCGCCCCACUAAAGCGGGUAACGUUGCCCCGCCUGGAGCUGUGCGGUGCGCAGCUGCUCUCGCGCCUCAUGAAGGCCAUUGUGGAGGCGCUCGGUUGUGCCGAGGCCUCCCUGGGCAUCCAUCUCGAUGGACCACCUUUGUCGCCAAUCGCGUCUCGUACAUUCACGAGAGCCUUCCGCGGGCCUCGUGGCGGCAUGUCCCGUCCGGCGACAAUCCCGCGGAUUGCGCCUCCCGGGGUUUGUUGGCCGGCGGGCUACGAGAACACGCCCUUUGGUGGCGUGGCCCUCCUGGCUUGUCGAGGACCCGGCGGGCUGGCCGGGUCUAACUUGCGUCGCGAGCGACCGAGCACUUGCGAGGAACGGCGCAUGGUUCACGUAGUGGCCGUGAACCCGGAGGACUGGUCCGGUGUCCUCCGAGCAUGCUCCUUCCGCAAGGCCAUCCGCGUGAUGGCCUAUGUACGACGAUUCCUGCGAGUCCCACGGAUCAGUGGACCCUUAACGGCGGACGAGCUGAGUGAAGCUCGACUGCGCCUGCUGCGGGUUACGCAGCACCGCUUCUUCGCGGAGGAAUUGGGCCGUCUGAAGCGGGGGGGAGCAUUGAUGGUGAGAUCGGCGUUGCGGCCACUCAACCCCAUGAUGGACGAGCGGGACCUCUUGCGGGUGGGGGGCCGCCUGCAAUUCUCAGCGUUACCGAUCGAUGCACGGCAGCCAGUCCUGCUACCGCGACGCUCUCGGCUCGCGACUCUCGUUGUGCGAGAUGCGCACGAACGCACGCUGCACGGGGGAGUGCAGCUUACGUUGCUCACCGUGAGGCGCGAAUUCUGGAUUCCGGCUGGGCGCUCUUUCGUGCGCCAGGUGAUCCGGGGCUGUGUGCGCUGCACACGUCAUAAGGGCACCCCGAUCACCCCGUUCAUGGCUCCGCUGCCUCGCGAUCGGGUGUUGCCUCAUCCACCGUUUUCUGCCACCGGGGUGGAUUAUGCUGGACCGGUCGCGGUGCGUCCGUCUCGAGGACGCGGACGUACCACCUCCAAGGGAUAUAUUGCUGUCUUCGUCUGCUUCAGCACGCGCGCUGUCCACUUGGAGGUGGUCAGUGACUAUUCGGCCCCGACCUUCUUAGCGGCUUUUCAUCGUUUCGCGGCCCGGCGGGGCCUGCCGGUUACCGUGUACAGCGAUAGGGGGACCACAUUCGUGGGUGCGGACCGCGAGCUGCGAGGACAAUUUGAGGCGGUCAUGGCGUUGGGGGGACCAGUCGCGGCCUCCUUGAGUAACCAGGGCAUCACCUGGAAGUUCAUGCCUCCUUCAGCUCCGCAUUUCGGCGGACUGUGGGAGGCAGGAGUGCGGUCCGUCAAACACCACUUGCGACGGGUAAUAGGAGAGCAGGCACUGACCUAUGAGGAGUUCGCCACUCUUCUAGCUCGCAUUGAGGCCUGUCUCAACUCCAGGCCAUUGUGUCCGUUGACGGACGACCCACAGGACUUGGAGGCCCUGACACCUGGGCACUUCCUGAUUGGGCGCCCGCUGUUGUGUCCGCCUGAGCGAUCCCUCGGGGACGUUCAGGUCGCGAGGAUGAGUCGCUGGCAGCUGCUCCAGCAUAUGACGGAGCAUCUUUGGGAGCGAUGGUCUAGAGAAUAUCUAGCCCAGCUCCAGGUCCGAGGCAAGUGGCUCAUCGCUUCUCGUCCGUUAGACAUCGGCGACCUCGUGCUCUUGGCGGACAGCCGAUUUCCUCCUACCCGGUGGCCUCUCGGCCGCAUCACCGGCUUGCUGCCUGGCCCGGAUGGGCACGUCCGCGUGGCGCAGGUGCGCACAGCGGACUCGACCCUGACCCGGCCACUGGUCAAGCUGGUGAGGCUCCCUGUGGAUCCGAAAGGGGCUCAUCCCAAUCAACCUUCAACAUGA